UAAAGCGGUCAACGAAGAUGCUGUUGAUGUCGCUGUUGCACAGCGGGAAGGGGAAAAUGGCUCAACGUCGCCGUCGAUCGAUUCCCCCGCCGCCGCCGCAGCAUUUCCCUUAUUCCCUGAAUCUACUCGCCUCCGUGCCGCUUCCAAUUACUCUGAACUUCUCCGCCAAAUCUGCCGUCCCUCGCCGAGCUGUAGUUGCCGUCAUCUUCCUCCUCGCGCUGGUGCUAUCUUGCGCCCUCCUCUACAAAGCUGCCGACAACAUCGGGAUACGAGGCCUACAUACGACUCACGUAUUCCGGUUCCUACAGGACAGCUCGGUUCCGUCGGACAGUGAGGAGUAUAGUCUUGAAAGAGUCCUGAUGGAUGCUUCUAUGCCCGGAAAAACAGUGAUACUGACAACUUUGAAUGAUGCAUGGGCAGCUCCAGGUUCCAUUAUUGAUCUCUUUCUCGAGAGCUUCAGAAUUGGAGAUAAAACCAGUCAAUUACUGAACCAUUUGGUGAUUAUCGCAUUAGAUCAAAAAGCAUUUUCUCGCUGUUUGGCUGUACAUUCCCAUUGUUUUGCCCUCAUCGAUGAAGAAGUUGACUUUUCAAGUGAGGCUUAUUUUAUGACUCCGGACUACUUGCGGAUGAUGUGGACAAGGAUUAAUUUUUUACGGUCUGUUCUCGAAUUGGGCUACAACUUUGUAUUCACGGAUGCAGAUGUUCUGUGGUUCAGAGAUCCCUUUCCUGAGUUUGAUCCAGAUGUGGACUUUCAGAUAGCAUGCGAUCAUUUCACAGGCAUCCACGAGGACAUAGAAAACAGACCUAAUGGAGGUUUCAAGUUUGUAAGAUCAAACAACCGGUCGAUAGAGUUUUAUAAGUUCUGGUACUCAUCACGCAAAAGGUACCCAGGAUUACACGAUCAAGAUGUUCUUAACAGAAUUAAGAAUGAUUCCUUCACCAUUAAUAGUGGGAUAAAGAUGAGAUUCUUGGAUACUGCUCUCUUUGGUGGUUUUUGCGAGCCCGGCCAAGAUCUAAAUGAAGUCUGUACUAUGCAUGCAAACUGUUGUUUUGGCUUAGAUAGCAAGCUCCAUGACCUCAGGAUCUUACUGGAAGACUGGAAAAACUAUUUAUCUCUCCCACCGACUUCAAAACUAUAUGUGCCGUCUUGGAGAGUUCCUCAAAAUUGUCGCCUAGAUGUUGAUAAACCACAUAUGGAGGCUGACAUAUUGGAUGAUUGACAUUUUGAAAUGUCAAGUCAUGACUUGGUGAUCAAAUUAGAUAUGCUCAUUCCUCUUAAAGAAAGGGUUUAUGCUUCACUUAUGCGAUUAGCAUUCUACAAUGCAAAUCUGUGUUCUGCCCGCAGAAUGUCUUUCCGCCGUAUUUCAUCAAUCCCCAAAGAUAAGGAUGCUUGACCUAUAUAUUAGUUAAUGUUUUAGGCCACCCUUCCAUAAGGAAUGAUCUGCUGGUGCAGGGGUGACUUGUCAUGGUUCAAAUUGUAACUGCGGAUUUUCAUGUGAUCUGCAAUAUUUAUAUCAUUUUUAAUACAAACAUGCUGUUAUUUAUAUUAUACUCUCUCCGUCUCGGAACAAUAAUUUUGGUUGUGUUGGACACGAGAUUUAAGGAAUAUUGAUAUUAUAUUGAUUGCGGGUAUUAGUGUAAAAAAUAUUUUUGCCGCAGUUGGAAUUGUAUAAUAAUAAUGAAAGAGUAAGAGUAGUUAUAUAGUGAUAUUAUUUAUGGAAAUAAAACUAUUGUAGUGUGACGGAUGGAGUAUGUGUUAUCUGUUGUUCAAAUUAUUGUUUGGUUGCUCAAAUUGGGCAUGCCAACAGCGUUCAUGUUGCUUGUAGUUAGUUAUCGCAUGUACUGAGAAAAUGAAAGUAGUGUAGCUUGGGCUGUUAGUUCUCUUCAAAAAGUCGUGUUUUU